AUGGGUACCAUGCUAAGUGCAAAAUGCCUCGAAUUGAGGUCCGGCAGCCGCGAAAGAAGUAAAAGCAGUUUGGGCUUCGAACAAAUUAAUUCACCGCAGAACAAACAGAAUGGAAAUUUAAACGAUUUCAGCAGAGACGAAGACUAUUUGAGAAAGCUGUCGAAAUUCAACGAAUGGAGGUCCAGUCAAGUCGGAUUGAAAAACGACCAGGGGGAUAAAACUCCAAAUGUCAGACGUACAAGUCAAGCAGACUUCACACCACAAUCAGAAUCUUCCAAACAAAUCCGUUACUCCUUGGACAACCAUCACAUGCAGUAUAAGCAUUUAGAAAUCAACGACAUCAACUUUUCAACGCCUCAAAAUCGAACCAAACAUGCAGAAAACAUCUACGUCACCGAUAGAUCCCAAACAGAUCCUGUUAAAAAAUCGAGGGAACUCGCCAGGAUCGACAUGACGUUCAACAGAAGUUUCAAUAAAAGCCAAAGGCGAAAAUCCAGGAACAAAAAUAAUUUAGAGUCACCAACAAACGGAGAUGUCGAUGACCAAGUGCCUGAUGCAUUUUUGCAACGGGAGAACUCUUUACCUUAUCAGUCGACUGAAGAUACUUACCAGUACGUUGUCAAUAAACAUGGUGAUGUAGUGGAAUACGCCUUGCCUUAUACGGAACGUUCUGUUGAUGUCACCAAACGAGAUUUAUCAGAUAUCAUAGAAAAUGAAUCAAAUUCCGAUCGGUGGUCUGCCAAGGAAAACGAUACGUACUCCAUAACAGAUUCCAUCGACACCAAAACGAGGAAAAACGUGCCAAACUUGGUGUCCAGGUGUGGCACCAACGCGCCUAAUGAUAAAGUCGGUAAAAGGUUGUCUGAAGUUGAUAUGAAAUCAGCGACGAGUACUUUGGAGAAACGUAGACAUGUUAAUAGACAAUCUUUGGUGGACGAGGUGCAGCCUGAUGAUCAUAAUAAGGAGUUUUUGGAUGCGAUUGACGAUCUGGUGAGCUUGGGUCGUUGGUCUAAAAGGCAACUGGAGGACAAGGGUGGUCUGGGAAAGGUCAGGAAAAACUGCAAUGUUCCUGUAAUGUUGUCUCAGCUAGAGCCGAUAGAUCCUUCGUCUGACUUCCUAAACUGUCCAACCAUCCACAUCGGUUGUCUAUUCAUCGAAGAUAAGCCUUUCCUAAAACAAAGAGACAGCAUUUUGGAAUGGAGGAAGGCGACCUGGUGCAAAGAGGAAGUUUUUAUUAGAUCAUCCAAACCUGAAUUGAUACAUUUGCACAGGACGCAAACGGCCAUGGCUAGAGAUGUACACGUUCUAAGAAACGUUCCACACAAAAACAUAGCCUUGUUGAUGGCUUUGGCUUACGAUGACGAUGACCAAGUUGUAACAAUAAUGGAACCAUUUACGAAUACGUUGUACCAGCUGUUGCACGAACAGCCUUACCAAGUUCCCUGGAAUCUCUCCAAAUACACAAUGAUCCUGCAUCAGAUUUGUUCAGCUCUGAAUUUCCUGCACAACAGGGGAUACAUACACACCAAUAUCUCGUCUCAUUGCAUUUUAAUUGAUUUUGCCAAUUCGAGGGCCAAAUUAUCAGGUUUCGAAUUAGCAGUAGGGUAGAUCGAGAUUUCAAACAGCACUAUUAUCCAAAUGGUGAAGCGGAGGAGGUCGAUGUUGAAUCGACAAGUAUAUUAGGUCGCCAUAGUGCCACAAACAAGGAAAUCCGCAAAAAGGCCACGAGAUCAAAUGAAAAGCUUCCCUCUUCCGAAGACAUCACCACAUCCGUAGAUUGCAAUAAAAAUUUCACAUUUACAAAAAUCGAUCCGACA